AUGAGUUAUUCCAACAACAAGUACCCUCCACCAGAGUACCCCCCUUCUGGUGGUCCACAGUACAACCACGGAGGUUACAACAACAACAACAACAACAACAAUAACCACGAUGAUACUUACUACGUGCAACCUGACUUGGAAAAUGUAAACAACGAAAAGCCACAACCUUCACAGGACUUUGAUCAAAGUUUCAAAAUCGAAAAGCCAAGAUUGAAUGAUUGGCCAUUCACCAUUUUCUUUUUGCUAGUAGUUGCUGGAUUCAUUGCAAUUGCCGGUAUCACGUUGAAUGCAUUGAGAGAAACGUACUCAGAUCAGGGGUCAGGUAUUUAUGGCUCCUCCGACUCUUUCACGGUGAAUAGAAACACUGUUAUUCUAUUCGCUUUUGUUAUUGUUUUAGCCAUAGUCAUGACUGCAUUGGGGCUCCUAUUUAUCAGAUCAUUUGCAAAACAAUUUAUCUAUGUUGCUUGUGUUUUGAAUGUGGUGCUAUCUGUGGGAACAGCAAUUUUCUACUUUGUUGAACAUUACUACAGUGCUGCAAUUGUGUUUUUGAUAUUUGGAUUGUUUGCGGCUUUCUGUUAUUGGCGUGCAAGAAGCAGAAUCCCUCUAAGUGCAACCAUCUUGAGAAUUGUGAUUGAUGUCAUGAAGCAAUACCCCUCCACCUUGAUUACGGCAUUUUUUGGACUCGUAAUCAGUUCUGGAUUUGGUGUAUUGUUUAGUAUUGUGAUUGUGGGUACUUAUGUUAAGUUCAAGCCAAACGCAGACAACACUGCCUGUGAAGUUGGGGGAGGCUCAUGUAGUCAAGGGAAGUUAGUUGGUGUACUCAUUUUUGUUUUUUUUGCUGGAUACUACAUUUCCGAAGUGAUCAAAAACGUUAUUCAUGUUGUUAUUUCGGGAAUCUAUGGAACAUGGUACUACUUGUCAAAUUCAGACCAAGGGGCACCAAGACACCCAGCAUUAUCAUCAUUAAAGAGAGCUUUGACAUAUUGUUUCGGUUCGAUCUGUUUUGGUUCCUUGAUUGUUGCAUUUAUUCAAUUGGUGAGACAAUUGAUCAACAUCGUGAGAUCACAAUUUGUUGACUCUUUUGCUGGCCAGUGUGCUUUGAUUAUCGUUGAUUUCAUAGUUCGUUUUAUUGAUUGGUUGGUGCAAUAUUUCAACAGAUAUGCAUAUUCGUACGUUGCGCUUUAUGGAAAGCCAUAUAUUCGUUCAGCAAAGGACACUUUUGAUUUGUUUAGAUUUAAGGGAAUGGAUGCAUUGGUGAAUGACAUGUUUAUCAAUGUGGCAUUAAACUUUUACUCAUUGUUUGUCGCUUAUUUGUCGUCAUUAUUGGCAUACCUUUAUCUCAAGUUUACCAAGCCUGGUUACAAUUCGGAUGGUAAUUACUACGCUCCUAUUGUGGCAUUCACAUUUUUGAUUUCAAUGCAAAUCACAAGCGUCACUUUAAGUGUUAUUGGAUCGGGUGUUGCCACAUUUUUUGUUUGUUUGAGUAAAGACCCAGAAAUCUUGCAAAUGCUGCAAAGAGACGAAUUAUUCAACCAAAUUCAAAGAAACUAUCCUCAAGUGUACCAAAAGAUUAAUACCAAUCAUUAG